CUCUUUUCUGACAACUUGGCAUGUGUUUGGCUUAACACAACUGCAGUCUGAUUUACUUUAUCAGCGCUGUACUUGCUACGGUACAGUCUCCCUUUUUUUAAAGCUGUGCAAGUGGCCACUGCAAAGCUUCAGCUCUCUGUUGGUGCUUUAUUGUCUCAGUUGGUAACCACUGUCUGUGCACUGUAGAAGAAUAGGAUGCCAUGACUACUGUAGUAAACAACUUUCCACUCUAUAUAAUGCCUGUCACACAUGUUCACACAUAGACGGUAUAGGGAAACUGCAGAAGUAUACCUUGUUAAGUAAUUUUUGCAUCGGACAACAAAGAUUGAGAGCUGCGGGCGAUGCCAGUGAGCCAAAAAGACAUUCAGGAGCCGAGAGACAAAAUGUUCAUCCAAAAUGCCAACCCACAACAACCAUGUCGCCACGAUUUCCUUCUGCGUGGUCGACCCUACAGGGGAGAACUGCCGUCUGUGGCAGGAUUCCUCCUCUACCCGGACACUCCUGCUAAGAUGGAGACCACGUCACAAGAGGCGUUCUGCUCCAGGCCCAUCCCACGACCAGACAGAGGCAAAGGAAGCCAUAUCGCACAGAGCACACAGCAGGAGUCGCACUGUCCUCAUCCCCCAGCCUCGAGACAAACAGGAAGAGGAAACAGAAGCGGGGACAGGGAACCAGGGGAGGGAGAGACAGCCGUGAAAAAUGAACAUGAUACAGAGGAGAUGCAGUCUCAGUAUCAGAAGGAUUUCCCUCCUCCGUCCUCCUGCCGCAGGAGGAGAACACCUGCCCUCCCGCAGCCGGACAACAUUGGCAUCAACCCGGCCUUCGGGAUCGAGUUUAACACAGUUCAAAGACAGACGUACGCUGGUUGGCCCGUCGUGAAACCCAGGUAUUCCGGGCCAGCGGACUGAAAGCAGCCCCGUCCUGACAACCCAACAUGGCUUCUGAAAGAAAGUCUCUACCAUAUGUAAGAAAUCAGCUUGUCACACCAGACCGCUUAUUACAUUUUCUCUUUGCUAUUAAUAUUGUAAAAUGUCAUUGUAUUGCCAUGAAUCCAAGUUUGUCUCGGUGAUGAUGUCAUAUUCACAUAAUACCUUGCACAGCAAUAAACUGGAUUUUACUAAGAGGUGAAAA